AUGGAUACCGUGGAUGUUGAGACAAAUGUUCUUCUCGUCAACAACAUUGCGAGUUUUGAAUAUCGGUUCUACGAGCCUUCCGCAGAUUCGGAGCCGAAAUUCUCCCCAAAUGCCCUCGAAAUCGAAACGAAUCUCAGAGAGCAGGGUCAUGUUGUCUCGUUCGAUGCCACACGGCGUGGCCUAUGGUAUUUUCGCAUUCGGCGUUCCAUCGGCCCGGGACCACACGCCCCUCCAGAACUGGGUGCGACAAUUGCUAUAAAUGGCCAAUCCUUGGUGUCAUCCAAGAAUGGAGUCAUGGAGCCAUCUACGUGGCAUAAAGCCCUUGUUCCGGAGCCAAAUCAUCAGAAACCCAAUCCAGCGUCGUCUGGUCAAGCCACACACCUGCACGCUACCGGAAUUCAGCUGGACCUUGAAGCGACAUCGAUGGUAGAACAGACGGAUUCGCAGCCGGCAGAUGGAUAUUCCCCCAAAGUGCUCUACGAAGCGUUUGUCGGGUCUCUUUUGUUGACAAUAUCGUCCAGAUUUUGCGCAAGGUCUGAAGCUGUGCCUUUGAAUUUUCGCACUGUCCUCCUCCCUGCCCUAAAGCCUUUGCAAAGUGGCACAGACCGAUGGAUAGGCGAGCAAGCCCAAUCUUUGGGCACCCUUACAUGCUACAUGAUAAGCACGGGGUCUUUGAUUCUGUCGUUCUCUGUAACUGCCUGUCCAGGGUUGGCAAGCUUGCAAGACAUUUUGAGCACCAGUCCCAGUCCCAGUCCCAUCGGAAAUAACAUACUUGCAGCACCUUUUGGUGUCAUGACAAACGAAGAGCAGAUCUCACCGUCCUACUCGACCGGAGCCAACCCGGCUCAUACCCCGAAUGCCCAGGCUCUUGCUCAACGGUCACCUUCCGACGUCAGCACGUCACUCUGGAAGCAAGCUUGCUUGAGCGUCCUUGAGCUCCGCGGAGUACCAAGCGCUGCGCUACGGGACUGCUCUUGGGUCAACCUGCUUGUUUCCAAGCCCAAGCUCCAAGACGCGAGACCGGAAAACGGACGUGGCGCACUCUCUACCAUUAGCAUCCCCUGGCCUGGGUCCUUGUGCUUCCGAAAAAAGUCUGUUGAGCUAUCAGCUACGAACCGUAUCAGUGACACGAUUGGAGUCGGUCACGAUGAAACGCAUGACCCGCUCGGAGAUGCGCGCGGAUGGCUUAGCUCAGCGAACGACAGAGAGGAGCGAGUCUCUAAGAGACACACAGAACGAUCUGCUGCAGGAGCAAAGGAAACUCUGGUUGUCGACUCGCGAGUAGCCAAAGUGAAUGCCCCGUCUCCAGUAACGAUGCGACGACCGAGUACGACAGGCGGCAAUGCAGUGUAUCCGACCCCGCCCGACGCUAUUCAACACCUGAAUGGAGUAACCCCGUCAAUGGAUGGCAAUCUUUCAAGCCCUGGACAUCCGCUAUCAGUUGUAGCUGACGUUGACAUUGACUGCGAACCGCCUGGCGGGGUGGGCUUGAUGCCCCAACAUGAGGACGAGAUGACCGAUGCAGCAGAGGCAAAACCACUCCGGUCAGACAACAGUUUGUUGAGUGACGCAGAAAACAUGUUUGAAGAUAUGGGCGGAGAUAUGUUUGGCGAUAACGACAUAACUGAAGAUGACUUCAAUUUCUUUGACGAGCAACCCGAUGAGUUGGGUAUGGAUAUUACCUUGGACAGCAUCAAGGAAGCUACCGCGUCCACUGCUACAAUGGUCCAGGCAGAGGUACCACAUGUAUCGACAUCUACCAAUAUACAGCCGGCAACAGAGCAGGUCGUAUUUGCGAAGCCGGAGCUAAAACAUGCGCGGAGCUCGCAACCAGAGGAUGGUUUGCAGAGGGGUCGGGAUAUUCAAGCGAAGUCGGUCAAGCGCGGCUCAAGCCCUUUCGAUCCUGAUAGUGUUUUCAAAAGACUUCGAGCUGCUGCCUCACAGCAGAGCCAGCGGGCGGCGUAUGGCGUUGGUUCAAACAGAGGACACAAGAUUUUUGGAAAAGUCGCCUUCGAUCUGAAAAUGCCGAUGCUCAACAAAAAGUACGAACAUGGCGGGUUUUUUGACUUUGUGCCAAAUGACAAGGAUGUUGACAAGCUGGAACCCGGCACACUUCCCAAGACGGAUUAUCUGCGCCGCCACGGCAAAACAAAGGCCAAAACUCAAAACAACUCGCGACGGUCAUCGCUGGUUAAAUCAGGCAAUGAUUCUGAUUUAGACCAUAGGCUUCUAAAAUUAGAUGGCGAUAUUUCUGAUGGAGAUGAUUCGAGCAGUGAUUCAGAUACUGUGUCGAACUUGUCUGUCAAGGAACCUAUAUCGCCCGUGAAAUCGACUGUGAAACAGUCUCUGCUCGGCGACGACGAUGCAGCCUCCCAUGCCACGACGAGUAGAGAGCCAGAGCUAGCUGAGGAACCAGACGAGCAACUCGCAUUGGAACUACCCCGGCUAUCCCUUUUGGACGGGCCGGACACAUCGCUCUUCAAGUAUUUCACUGACCCGGAGCCCCUAUCGUUGGAUAUUUCCCUCAGCGACGAGGAUAUGAUCCAAGUGGCACAGCUUGUGGGAGAACAAGCAGCGACAGGAUCAUUGCUGAUAUUUAAUGGUCAACCCGAUAUUGGCUUUGUUUCUGCCCCAGACGAAGACACCCGAAUUGAAGAGCUUACAGGUGCACGAAGUGCGUUGCAGGCGCUUCGCAACGCAGCUUCUUGCGUUAUCGAAGGCGUUUCACCAGUGAGCCUUAAAGCGCUACUCGAAAUUCAAGACAAUUCGCUUCCAGGACCAGGGAAUCGAAUUCCACCGCGCCAGAUUCCUUCAAGAGAUCCAAACUCGGAGCCCAUCAAGCCCAGCAACCUCUACCAAAUACCAUGUCCUCACCUGGAAGUGCGUAGGGCAGAUGUGAAAAUGUCGCUACUACCUACUGCUGUGACAUUUUGGGAAAAUCUAGGACUUUCGCCUUCCUCUGGCAGUAAAGACAUACACGCGGUCUGUGUGUGCCCCAAAUGGGCUGGUAUGGUAGACAACGCGCAGACGUUUCUGGGGCGAAUGAAGAGUGCUUAUGAAACAUUAAAGCUAGGCACUUUUGAGAACUUGCCGCUCUCUGCAGAUAUGGAUGAUGGUGUCCUUCUAUAUGGAGUUGACCGAAUCUCAACCGCUCCAGAUGCUGCAAUGAUGGGACAUGGUUCCGCGCUGCUGGAAAGUAUGGAGACGCUCUCCGGUGCCAUGUCCACCUUGGAACUCGUCGACACGAACGUGGUGGUUUACUUUAUGUACUCCACGAGUAACCCCGGAACAAUUGUCGAGGCAUGUAUGGCCUUUCAGAGAUUUUUCGAGUCAUACCGAAGGACGCUUUCAGCUAGGCGUGAAUCGGCCAAGAAUGAGAUUGUUCUUCAACUCGUUUCUGCGGACGCAAUUUCUAGCCCUACACACAUUGUUGUGACCCGUUCUUCAGAGCUAAAUAAGCUCUGUAUGGAGACUUAUGACCGUUGCACACUUUUCGGUGGCAAUAUGCCCGCGCCUGCGAUUCGCCUUGAGCAGCCACUACCACGCAUUAUUGACUUCAAAUUAUCUCCUGCACCGUCAUCAUCCCUAGCUCGAGAGAAUUCAUGCAUUCAUAUCGCAUAUGCGCGGAGCAUUGACGGCCGUUGGGUCACCGCAGCCUGGACAGACGAUAGAGGAAACGAGCAAGCUACGGCGGCGUACUGUCUGGGUCGCAAAGGCGAGCCCGAAUCUCGCACCAUGAACGAUGUCGCGCACGAAAUCUGGGAAACGACUGUUGAUCUCAUAUCGACUUGGAAAGUUCACUACCGGAUCAUUAUGACCAAGUGUGGCCCAACCGAUGAUGGCGAAAUCGACUUUUGGGUUGAUCUGGCACGAACCGAAAUCAAUGCCAGCGUCACCAUGAUCAUCAUGACUGUCGACACAAAUCCAUCAUUGCAGCUCGUGCCUGCCCCGGUCAAGAUGCCGCUGCAACCGCUCUCGAUAUACACGACGCCUGUGUCUACGCCGCAGGCUAACAUUGUAUCUCCGGAUGCUAGCGCAGCGCCUGCAACACCUGCUCGAGAUCCUACGGCGGCCGCGAUGACACCUGGUGGUGAAAGCACCGGCGAUGCGGAUCCUGAUUCCGUGCUGGCCGAUGUCAUGGACCAGACAUGGGGCGCUAUUGUCAAUCACCGAUUAAACAACACCGUCAACACAGCAAACAUCCAUCCAACAUUGAUCAGCGGCUACCUUAUCAAACGAACUGGUCCGAGAGCCGAAGACGUGCCCCGCCUCAUUGAGGUCAAUCUCGUCUACACGGAAGCGACGGCCCGCACAUACGAGCCUUUGCUGCGAGAGAUGCUCAGCUAUUUCAGGGGCCUUGGCACCCUGGCAAGGGCCAGGGGCGUAGUCGAUGGGCAGACAGAUGUUCGACCCUGGCACGUUGCGGCUGCAGAGAAGGCCCUUCGUGCGCUCUACAUUCUGAUGUGA